CGUUUUUGGAGGUAGGGUAUGCCCGAGGAAACCCAGGAAACUCCCCGACUACUUCACGAUGGAGGAGGCCAACGAAUUGAUCCAGGCAACUGAAUCCGGAGACACCCGCCUGGCGAUGCGCCUGAUGCUCCGGUGUGGCCUUCGCGUCUCCGAGGCCCUGCAGGUGCGGCCCGUCUCAGCUCCGCUUUGACCGGUCGCCGCCGAUCAUCAGCCUGCCGGCGGACAUUGUCGGGAACAAGGCCAAAGACGGCCAGGGAGAUCCCGAUCCCCGAGGACCUGGUGGAGAUACUCAGGGACCGCGCCUCGGGCGAGACAAAGGCCCGUAACCGGCCGCUGGUCGAGCUGUCCCGCCAGGCGGUGGGGCAGGGAAUGAAGAAGGCCGCGGCCGAGGUCGGCAUUCAGCCAUCCAGGGUCCAUCCCCACGCCUUCCGGCACACCUACGGGCGCCACUGUAUUCUCCAGGGCGUACCGGUCAACGUCCUGCAGAAGUGGCUGGGCCACUCGUCUCUGGCAAUGACCAUGCAAUACGUUUACCUGGCCGGGGAGCACCACUCCUACGUUGACAGGAUUUAG